CCACUGGAAAGUUUAAAAACUCAGCAGAUGAGAGACAAGGGAAAGAGUAACAAGUACAAAGUUUUGAGCUGGAAAAAAUAGAGCACACCGAACUGAAGAAAAACAUUAAAUGAGAAAUCAAGGAGGAUAAUAUUUAAAGAAAGAAAAAGUGAGGAACAAGUUGAAGUCAGUAGGAAGAGAAAGGUUCCAUGUAUAGCCAAAAUUGGCAGGUAUUAAUAACAGCCUUUGAGGAAGGAAAGAGUGGCUUGAAUUAAAUAACCACCAGGCAAGAGAUCAGAAAUAUUUUUCUCUGCCUCAAGGAUCCAAACAUAACAGUGUUGGGAAAACCCCCACAGAGUGCCUAAUGUGGGAAAAACACAGAUUACAGAUCACAUCUGAUCAUACACAACAGGAUCCAUCCAGUGAAAAAACAUAUAAAUGUUUGGAUUGUGGCAAAACCUUUUCUCGGAAAAGCUUCCUCGUGAUUCAUGCAAGAACACAUACUGGAGAGAAGCCCUACCAUUGCUCUCAAUGUAGCAAAAGAUUUACCACUCAUUCCAAUCUGGUGAAUCAUGAGAGGACUCACACUGGUGAGAAACUCUUUGAAUGUCCUGUUUGUGGGAAAAGUUUCAGUCAAAAUUCCCACCUGGUAGAACACCAGACAACACACACAGGAGAGAAACCGUAUAAAUGUCCUGUUUGUGGGAAAGGUUUCAGUCGGAAUGCCUCCCUUAUAGAACACCAGAGGACUCACACAGGAGAAAAACCAUAUGAGUGCCCAGAUUGUGGGAAAAGUUUCAAUUGGAAUUCCUCCCUUAUAGAACACCAGAUGACUCAUACAGGAGAGAAACCAUAUGAGUGUCCAGAUUGUGGGAAAAGUUUCAUUAAUAAGUCUUACCUAGUGAUACACAAGAGGUUCCACACAGGAAAGAAAUCAUAUGAGUGUGCAGAUUGUGGGAAAAGGUUCAGUCGUAAUUCCUCCCUUAUAGAACACCAGAGGACUCACACAGGAGAGAAACCAUACGA